AUGGCAGAGGAAAAAUCUCCGCUCAACCAUCCUCCUCACCCACUUUCGGCGCCAGGUUUCCCCGCUUCGCCCAACCUACCCGCCGCAUUUCCCGCGCCAUCCGAUCUGCCCGCGUUUCCCGAUGGAUCCAGCCUAUCUUACCGUCGCAGCGACUCUCCUCUCCCUGCGUGCCUCGCGCCGCGAUUCACGCAGACCAAAUCGCGCGACGAUGUUGCCGCCGAUUGCACCAUGCCUCACUCGUUCAAGCAAUCGCUCGACGACCUCUGCUGCCUGAAUUUGAUUGGCUCCCGAAACGCCACGCUCGAGGCGCCUCGGAGCACCAACCGAGCCGCGCAAAAUAAAAUCUUUGACGACUUCUCCUGCUUAGGGUUAGGGCUCGAGGACGAAUCCGACGGCCUGUUUCGAUCUGCGCCGCAAAGCCGCUCCGUUUCUCCCCCGCCCGCCUUUCCCCCUCCGCUCGCCGUUUCCCCGCCGCUGAACCCAGCGCGCGCGGCUCCAGGCAGCGCGCCCGGUGCGCAGGUCUCCGCAUUCAGGACCGUGCUUGCCGCCGCCACUGGCGGCGCCGCCAAAAGCUCGUCUACGGCCUUCGCGGCAGAUCAAUUUCCCCAACUCCCGCGCCCCGCCUUCCCGCCUUCCCCCGCUAAUGCCCCCGCUGUUCCGCUCCCCCCUUCCCGCCCCUCCUCCUCCUCGUCCUCUCACCCGUCUUAUCCGCUUUCCCGAGAGUCGCUGCUGCGACGGCCGACGCGGAUUAUACUAGUGCGACACGGGCAGAGCGAGGGGAACUUAGACGAGGGGAUUUACACCCGAAUCGCGGACUCGCGCGUGUCUUUAACGCCGCUAGGGUUCGAGCAGGCCGUGGAAUGCGGCAAACAGAUUAGGAAAUUAAUCGAGUUCGACCGGCGGAAAGGGGGAAAGCAGGGGAGAGGCGGGGAAGGGGGGAAGGAGGGGAGGCGGAACGCAGGAGGGGUUGACUCUGGCGAGGGUGAUUAUAGCGGAGAGGAGGAGGAGGAUGAUUGGGGAGUGUAUUUCUACGUAUCACCCUACCUACGAACUCUUCAGACCCUGCGCGGCAUAGGGCGUGCGUUUGAGAGGCGGCACAUUCUGGGGGUGAGGGAGGAGCCUCGGCUGAGGGAGCAGGACUUUGGAAACUUCCAGGUCCAGGAGCGCAUGUGGCAGAGCAAGGACAUGAGGCAGCGGUUUGGACGGUUCUUCUACCGAUUACCAGAGGGGGAGUCGUCUGCUGACGUGUACGACCGCGUGACUGGUUUCCUUGACAGCUUCCCGGGCAACUGCGACAUACGGGUGAUGGAGAUGGGCGACGGGGGGGAGUACAGCUUAGCUGUCAACCACUCGGAACAAGAGCUGCUCUCGUGGGGUCUCACACCGGAUAUGAUCGCAGACCAGCACGCGUGCAUGACGAGAGCAGUGGGUGACAGGAAGGGUCGCGGCACCUCGGGAUCUCCGGGGUGGCUCUCCUUCUUUGACCACCUCGAGGCGCCCUCAGGACCACCCCCUGCUGCUGCUGCUCCUGCUGUGGCAGCUGGUUCGGCUGCUGGUCCUGCCGGUUCGGCUGCUGGUCUGCAGGCUGAUUCGGCUGCUGGUCCUCCGGUUCGGCUGCUGGUCGUGCCGGUUCGGCUGCUCGUCCGGCCGUUGGUUCGGCUGCUGGUCGUGCCGGUUCGGCUGCUCGUCCGGCCGUUGGUUCGGCUGCUCAUCCGGCCGUUGGUUCGGCUGCUGGUUGGGCGAAUGUUUUCUAUGAUGCAGCUGGAGCAUCAGUUGAUGGGAGUUUUGGGAUGGAGGGGAAAGAAUUGGAGUGUGAGAGAGGUGAUUUCGCAGUCAUGCCGCCAGGAGCAAGUGAGACAGGUGGUGGCGACAGUGGCAGUCCUACCCCCAGGGAUGCAGAUGGCAGAACCGGUAAUAGUAGGUCUUGGAGUGGGAUACUGGUGGCAGUAG